AUGGCUAGAACUAAUAGUGUACACCCAAAUCAUGGGUCUAUUUUGGCUAACGCCACCUUCUCCCUCCCUAGGAGAUCCUCGGCCUCUUGCCAGCUUAAUGGUCUUUGCCCCAUCAGCCUGCUCCCCUCCCUCAGGCUUUUCCCCGUGGCUUUUGAGGCGCUUGUACGCGCCGACCCGCGCGACGAACGCGCCUACCACUUCGCCCGUCGAUUCCGCUUCCGAGGGCAUUCCGCCCGUCAAUCCCGCUCCCGAGGGCAUUUCGACCCUCAAUCCCGCUCCCAAGGGUAUUCCGCCUGUCAAUCCCGCUCCCGAGGGCAUUUCGCCCGUCAGCGCAUUCAUUCGCAUCGUCACCACGCUUCCGCCCCCCUUCUGAGGGCCAUCCAACCCACCUCCCCUCGCUUCCUCCUCCUUCGGGCCAUCCAGCCUUCCUCCCCCUUCCCCCUCGCUUCCUCCUCCUUCGGGCCAUCCAGCCCUCCUCCCCCUUCCCCCUCGCUUCCUCCUCCUUCGGGCCAUCCAGCCUUCCUCCCCCUUCCCCCUCGCUUCCUCCUCCUUCGGGCCAUCCAGCCCUCCUCCCCCUUCCCCCUCGCUUCCUCCUCCUUCGGGCCAUCCAGCCCUCCUCCCCCUUCCCCCUCGCUUCCUCCUCCUUCGGGCCAUCCAGCCUUCCUCCCCCUUCCCCCUCGCUUCCUCCUCCUUCGGGCCAUCCAGCCCUCCUCCCCCUUCCCCCUCGCUUCCUCCUCCUUCGGGCCAUCCAGCCCUCCUCCCCCUUCCCCCUCGCUUCCUCCUCCUUCGGGCCAUCCAGCCCUCCUCCCCCUUCCCCCUCGCUUCCUCCUCCUUCGGGCCAUCCAGCCCUCCUCCCCCUUCCCCCUCGCUUCCUCCUCCUUCGGGCCAUCCAGCCCUCCUCCCUUCGCCGCCGCGGCUCUCCCGCUGCCACGGCCAUUUCACCGCCCUGCCAUCUCGUGGUCGCCAACGCUUCCUACCCCACCUCGUAGUGGCCUGCUCUGCCACGUCCCGCUGCCGCCGCCGUCUCCCUUCGCCACCUGCAGCCCCCCCCUCCCUGCUGGUGUGCGACCUCACCGCCACAGCACCUUCGGCUGGCUUGCUUCCUCACCUGCAGCAGCCCCCCCCUCCCUGCUGGUGUGCGACCUCACCGCCACAGCACCUUCGGCUGGCUUGCUUCCUCACCUGCAGCAGCCCCCCCUCCCUGCUGGUGUGCGACCUCACCGCCACAGCACCUUCGGCUGGCUUGCUUCCUCACCUGCAGCAGCCCCCCCUCCCUGCUGGUGUGCGACCUCACCGCCACAGCACCUUCGGCUGGCUUGCUUCCUCACCUGCAGCAGCCCCCCCCUCCCUGCUGGUGUGCGACCUCACCGCCACAGCACCUUCGGCUGGCUUGCUUCCUCACCUGCAGCAGCCCCCCCCUCCCUGCUGGUGUGCGACCUCACCGCCACAGCACCUUCGGCUGGCUUGCUUCCUCACCUGCAGCAGCCCCCCCCUCCCUGCUGGUGUGCGACCUCACCGCCACAGCACCUUCGGCUGGCUUGCUUCCUCACCUGUAGCAGCCCCCCCCUCCCUGCUGGUGUGCGACCUCACCGCCACAGCACCUUCGGCUGGCUUGCUUCCUCACCUGCAGCAGCCCCCCCUCCCUGCUGGUGUGCGACCUCACCGCCACAGCACCUUCGGCUGGCUUGCUUCCUCACCUGCAGCAGCCCCCCCCUCCCUGCUGGUGUGCGACCUCACCGCCACAGCACCUUCGGCUGGCUUGCUUCCUCACCUGCAGCAGCCCCCCCCCUCCCUGCUGGUGUGCGACCUCACCGCCACAGCACCUUCGGCUGGCUUGCUUCCUCACCUGUAGCAGCCCCCCCCUCCCUGCUGGUGUGCGACCUCACCGCCACAGCACCUUCGGCUGGCUUGCUUCCUCACCUGCAGCAGCCCCCCCUCCCUGCUGGUGUGCGACCUCACCGCCACAGCACCUUCGGCUGGCUUGCUUCCUCACCUGCAGCAGCCCCCCCCCUCCCUGCUGGUGUGCGACCUCACCGCCACAGCACCUUCGGCUGGCUUGCUUCCUCACCUGUAGCAGCCCCCCCCCUCCCUGCUGGUGUGCGACCUCACUGCCACAGCACCUUCGGCUGGCUUGCUUCCUCACCUGCAGCAGCCCCCCCUCCCUGCUGGUGUGCGACCUCACCGCCACAGCACCUUCGGCUGGCUUGCUUCCUCACCUGCAGCAGCCCCCCCUCCCUGCUGGUGUGCGACCUCACCGCCACAGCACCUUCGGCUGGCUUGCUUCCUCACCUGCAGCAGCCCCCCCCCUCCCUGCUGGUGUGCGACCUCACCGCCACAGCACCUUCGGCUGGCUUGCUUCCUCACCUGCAGCAGCCCCCCCCCUCCCUGCUGGUGUGCGACCUCACCGCCACAGCACCUUCGGCUGGCUUGCUUCCUCACCUGCAGCAGCCCCCCCCUCCCUGCUGGUGUGCGACCUCACCGCCACAGCACCUUCGGCUGGCUUGCUUCCUCACCUGCAGCAGCCCCCCCUCCCUGCUGGUGUGCGACCUCACCGCCACAGCACCUUCGGCUGGCUUGCUUCCUCACCUGCAGCAGCCCCCCCCCCUCCCUGCUGGUGUGCAACCUCACCGCCACAGCACCUUCGGCUGGCUUGCUUCCUCACCUGCAGCAGCCCCCCCCCCCUCCCUGCUGGUGUGCGACCUCACCGCCACAGCACGUUCGGCUGGCUUGCUUCCUCACCUGCAGCAGCCCCCCCCUCCCUGCUGGUGUGCGACCUCACCGCCACAGCACCUUCGGCUGGCUUGCUUCCUCACCUGCAGCAGCCCCCCCUCCCUGCUGGUGUGCGACCUCACCGCCGCAGCACCUUCGGCUGGCUUGCUUCCUCACCUGCAGCAGCCCCCCCCUCCCUGCUGGUGUGCGACCUCACCGCCACAGCACCUUCAGCUGGCAUGCCGCGUCAUUCGCCGCAUCUAUUACCGGGUGGUCAAGGGAGCAUGUGGUACAGAGGUGGUCAAGGGAGCAUGUGGUACAGAGGUGGUCAAGGGAGCAUGUGGUACAGAGGUGGUCAAGGGAGCAUGUGGUACAGAGGUGGUCAAGGGAGCAUGUGGUACAGAGGUGGUCAAGGGAGCAUGUGGUACAGAGGUGGUUAAGAGAGCAUGUGGUACAGAGGUGGUCAAGAGAGCAUGUGGAUGCACUCACCACGCACAGGUGGGGCGCCCAGGUGGCGAAUUCGCGCUGCCAGUUGCGGAGAGUGGAGAGCGGCACCACCACCAUGUGAGGGAGAAGAGAGAGGCAGCAGAUGCUACGCUGAGGAGUGGAUUGAGAACUCACCACUCGCAAGUGAGGUGCCCAGGUGUCGAAUUCACGCUGCCAGUUGCGCAGGGUGGAGAGCGGCACGACCACCAUGUGGGGGAGAGGUGUGGCCCUCUCGUCGUGCAGUGA